AUGUGGUUUUGGAACUCUACCGUGAAUCAAGAUCAUGACAAAAGGAUAGAAGACGCAAUCAGAAGGUUAGAAGAAACAAGGGUAACGGUUUAAUACCUAUAUUAUUCUUUAUUUUAGAUUGAACGCGAAAUUGCACUCAAAGAAGCUAUCAAUGAACGGAAAAACGCCUUCAGAGUAAGUCAUAAUUUACCUUGAUUACAUUUUUAGAUUGCUGAAGCUCAAGAAAGAUUCCAAUGGGUAGCUCUUACUGGGAUUGCGACAACAUUCAUGAGUAUCGCUUCAUCCUUUCACCACAAAAACUUGUUUUACGUACUACCAGCUAUCCCAUGCACAAUAAUAGUUGGGUAUGAAGCACACAAAGCCUACGGAAACAAGAUUAACAUCAUCACGAGUAAGUUCUUUUAAAAAUUAAAUGUUUUGUUUGUGUUACUAUUUUUGAGUAACAUUAAUUGAAACAAUUUGAAUAUUUUCAGCCAUAACAGACGCAGUAAUGAAGGACGUCAACAAACGCCUCACAUCUAGUGUUAUCUCAGUCAAGGAGAUCGAUGCUCGUGUCCAAGACUUGUUGUACUCACCCGAAGCCAUUGAUUAA